GGGUCCCCGACCUCAUAGCUACAGAACUUGCUUCUUAUAUGAAAAUAAAAAAUUAAAAAAGUUUCUCUCGAUUCCAUGAUAUUAUAUUAUAUUAAAUUGCAUUGCAAUAUUCCUAGCUCCAAAGCCGUAACGCUAUGGAUUAUUAUAAGGAAAUAAAAGAUUCUCCCAAGCAGAACGAAGAGAUCCAUUGCUUGGAGAGCUUCCCUUUCUCUUGCUAUGGCAGACGAUGAUCUCCGUAUGAUAUCGUUGUACCUUGAAAAUAGAGUUCGACUGACGAGACUUCUACUCCCCAUGGAAGCAAAAGUUGCAAUGGAUAUUGCUCUCGUUGAUGGCACUUCUGAGCUUCCUUUAGACAUCCAAUCUAUGAAUUUGGGGGAUGCCCAGAGAACAACUGUAGACUUAACUCAGGCACAUUUCAAGAUCCAAGAGGAGUAUCUAGCUAGGAUUAAAGCACUCUCUAGAAGUGUGGAACUGGGAAAACGCUUCUUCCCUCGUUGCUCUGAAACUCUUAAUCAGAUAAUGGAUGCUGAUGAUAUAUCAGAACUGGCAUUUUUGGAGAACGACAAUCCAGAGGAUCAACUAUUGAAGAAACAAAGGUAUAUAGAACUCCAAGAAGUUAUAAAGAAGGCGUUCGAUGAAGAUAAGGAGGAGUUUGAUAGGUCUGCUAUGUUGUCUUCAGCAUCUACAUCCUCGGGGGUUGGCAAGGCCUAAUAAUGGUAAGCUUAUACCAUCAGGAAAUGAAUAAUUGUAAAACAGUUGUAAACCGAUCGUGUUAUCCAAUAUAAAUAGAUCCUAAGAUACUUCAUUUUGUUGUCGUACCA